AUGCAUCAACAAUCUCGUCACCCCGCGAGGGUCUCCUCCCCCGCAUCCUCUCCACAGACAAACCCCACACGAACCAACAACCAGAGAGACGCCGUGGGCUCGGCCAGUCGAGUCCGCGCCGACUCCGAGCUAGGCGCCCAGGUCGCCUCCGCCGCUCCCGACAGCGGCGAUGGUUCUGACACCGGUCCCAGCAAGGAGUCCAUCAAGAAGCUGGACCAGAUCAUACAGAAUUUCUACUACAAGGCGGCCGUGCUUAUCCUACAGUCGCGACUGAACCUAACCCCAGACGGCGGGAAGAAUGCCGGGAGGCCGAACAAAUGGGUAAGGAUAGCCCCUGACAGUCCUCUGAAAACAGGAACCUUCCAAAUAGAUACCGACGAUAUCAGCGAAUUCAGGGACGAGCUCCGCGUCUACAAGACAUCGGGCAGCUUCGAAAACCGGCCCCCGCCCAUGAUCAUCGAGACGUAUCUUGAUGCCUCACGUCUUUCUAACAACCAGAGCUUGGUGGUGGUCGAUGAGUACGGCAAGAGGUGGGAUGUUCUAGAGGCCCUGAACUCGUCUGAGUCAUCGAGCGAUGACGGCUCCAAGAGGAAGCCGCGACAGCAACAGAAGCGGAAUACCGAGAUCAUCCUCGAGAGAUGGCGGAUCGAGCUCAAGUGCAUACCGUCCGACCAAGACGAGUUCGGGCCCAGUUUGCCGACGAUAUACAAGCGGAGUAUCGUCUUCUUCAGGUCGCUAUUCGUGGCGACGCGCAUUAUGCCAUGCUGGAAGUAUUCGCAACAAGCUCUGGCCAAGAGCAUCCACCCGGCACUGGAGGUAAAGUGCCGCGUUCUGAUGGCCGAGCCUGAACACCCGGGCUUUGACCCCCUACGCCAGCCUUUUUAUGACGGUAGGGACGUUGUAACCGAUUACGUGUUUGGGGACCUCGAAGUGCCCGUCGGCCGGUUUUAUGCAUCGGUGACAUACCGCAACGACUGCAAUUUCCGAGUCGAUGACGCCGAGUCACUCCUAAGCUCGCGCUUUAUGGGCGUUGAUGAGAAUUUCUUCAAGCCGUCCAUUUCACAACGCCGGGACCACCAGCGGUCGGAUUCGUAUGCCGAGGUCGGCUCCUUACCAGCCAACCGCCACGGCCGUGGCGCACAGGAGCCCCUUCAGACGUACGGCAGCCUAUCAACUUUCCACGGCGCGGGAGCUCUGGGGACAAGCCCGAUCUCUGCCCUCAAGGCAGUGCGUCCCAUUGGGUCGGAUACCAGCUCCCCUACAGGAUCUCAGGCGGCAAGCCUAGAGCAGACUGAUCCGCCGAAUUCCUUGCCGAUCCGUCGGCCGUCUCUCCGAAGUCACGAUGGCUCAGGCAGGCGUCAAUCGGUUUCAUUCCAUCCGUUCAAGGCUGGCUCUCUCUCGGGGUCUCCAAGGGUUCCGGACCUUGAUCAACCUCCAUCACCCCAGUCACUAACUCGUCCAUCGACUCUAAGCAGCUUUACUCAUGGCAGAACCCGGUCAUCGCUCACCGCCGGGAUGGCGGCAUCACUGCGCGGCGGCCCCGCGGCCGUCCCGAUAGAUGUGCCACCUGUUUCCGCAUCACCAAGGCCAACCAGCCGCUAUAGCAGUAGUUUCACGCACCGUAGGAGCCGGCCUUCCUUCGGAGGACAUAGCAAGGGUGACGACGACCAGGGGAGCAGCGGGAAGCAGAGUCUUUCCUCGUCAGCCCAGCCUGGCUCGGGAUUGCUUGCUGAAGCCGGAGGCGCGGCCAGUUCGGGCUCAUUUGCGACAGACGAUGAUAAUAUCUCGGAAUUUCUCAAAGUGCUGGAGAGCCGGAAGAUGCUCCAGAGCUUCGAACCCAACAAGAAGGGAGAAUCCUCGGCAGCCAAACGCACCGCCGCUCAGCUCUCAAAGUUUCAGCUGAUGCGAGAGUCAAACAAUGUGCUCACCGAGUCCAUGACCUCGUCCAUGCACCUGCAUCGAUCGUCGAGCUCGUCAAGCCGGCAACUUACCAAUGUUCCCAGCAUGAUGAACCCCGCCUCUAUAUCGGCGGGGUCCUCUCCCGGCAAACCCCUCUCACCGCAUACACCCCACACACCGGCAAUCCCAUCCCGGCUCAGCGAGAAUUCCAUCAUCGAUUAUCAAGGCGGAGUCCCGCCUACACGUCGUCAACCAAGGAACCCUGCCGUUAUCUCCACGGAGGAAGAGGGAGACGACGAGACCCCGGUCAGUCAGGAGGGAGCUAUCGACAUCCCGCUGUCGCCCAGGCUGCUCCACACUACCAACAACAACCGGCGGGCGAGCUCCGUGGCGCAACAGGACCGUGCCCUAACCGGGGAGGACGACUCCGAUAUUGUGCAGCGAAGCAUCAGUCUAGGGGCAGAGGAUCGCGAGGCGCCGACCAUGAGCACGCUUCUCGCUUUCCAGAGAGGUUCUGGAGACAACUCGAGCGAAUCGCUAAGUCUGCAGCCUGCGGCCGACAUCCGAGCCUCGGGGCCCUCGUCUCCGCUGGCUGAGCGGGACGGCAAGGGUGGUCCUUCCUCGCCCGGUCUACUUUCCGGAACCCCUUACCGAACACGGUAUACACCCCGUGGCCGGCCCACGCCGCCGCAAUCUUCACGCGGUUCCUUUUCCGGCGGGCGAUAUAGCCGGCCCUCAGGCGAGGAGGGCGCCGACGACGAGCCGCUCUUGUUUGCCAUGUCUGAGCUCGAACGGCCCUCGAGACGCAGCCUGGAAGAGGCCCGUGGUGGCGGCAAUGUUGGCGGUGGCGGUGGCUCGUCGGGACACUCUGAGAGAAAUCCUAACGCUUUCGAGGCGAGAGGAACAUCGCGGCGGGGCUGGUAG